AUGCUUUAUUUCAUCAGAUCCGGUUCAGUUCUGGUUCAGACCACAAUGUUCUUCAAUACCUCCUCCCCUGUUCCCAGUGAGAGUUUGGUCCUCAGUGUAAUCCAGACUCUUCUGAGUGCUCGACUCACAAACCUCACUGACUCUGUAAAAGUGCUGAACUUCACCUAUGAGAAAAUUUCAGACACUUGCUAUGCUGUAAAAUUAAGAUUCAAUGUCAGUAAUAUCAGCAUGUCACAGAACCCUGAUAUCAGGAAUGAUACCUACAACACAGUGAUAAGCAUCAUCAACAAUGCUUCAGCUGUGGUUCAGACCACGAUGGUCUUCAAUUCCUCCUCUCCUGUUCCCAGUGAGAGUUUGGUCCUCAGUGUAAUCCAGACUCUUCUGAGUGCUCGACUCACAAACCUCACUGACUCUGUAAAAGUGCUGAACUUCACCUAUGAGAAAAUUUCAGACACUUGCUAUGCUGUAAAAUUCAGAUUCAAUGUCAGUAACAUCAGCAUGUCACAGAACCCUGAUAUCAGGAAUGAUACCUACAACACAGUGAUAAGCAUCAUCAACAAUGCUUCAGCUGUGGUUCAGACCACGAUGGUCUUCAAUUCCUCCUCUCCUGUUCCCAGUGAGAGUUUGGUCCUCAGUGUAAUCCAGACUCUUCUGAGUGCUCGACUCACAAACCUCACUGACUCUGUAAAAGUGCUGAACUUCACCUAUGAGAAAAUUUCAGACACUUGCUAUGCUGUAAAAUUCAGAUUCAAUGUCAGUAACAUCAGCAUGUCACAGAACCCUGAUAUCAGGAAUGAUACCUACAACACAGUGAUAAGCAUCAUCAACAAUGCUUCAAACACACUUCUAAAUGAACCUGGUGCAGAACCAUUCUCAGCUGUGGUUCAGACCACGAUGGUCUUCAAUUCCUCCUCUCCUGUUCCCAGUGAGAGUUUGGUCCUCAGUGUAAUCCAGACUCUUCUGAGUGCUCGACUCACAAACCUCACUGACUCUGUAAAAGUGCUGAACUUCACCUAUGAGAAAAUUUCAGACACUUGCUAUGCUGUAAAAUUCAGAUUCAAUGUCAGUAACAUCAGCAUGUCACAGAACCCUGAUAUCAGGAAUGAUACCUACAACACAGUGAUAAGCAUCAUCAACAAUGCUUCAAACACACUUCUAAAUGAACCUGGUGCAGAACCAUUCUCAGCUGUGGUUCAGACCACGAUGGUCUUCAAUUCCUCCUCUCCUGUUCCCAGUGAGAGUUUGGUCCUCAGUGUAAUCCAGACUCUUCUGAGUGCUCGACUCACAAACCUCACUGACUCUGUAAAAGUGCUGAACUUCACCUAUGAGAAAAUUUCAGACACUUGCUAUGCUGUAAAAUUCAGAUUCAAUGUCAGUAACAUCAGCAUGUCACAGAACCCUGAUAUCAGGAAUGAUACCUACAACACAGUGAUAAGCAUCAUCAACAAUGCUUCAAACACACUUCUAAAUGAACCUGGUGCAGAACCAUUCUCAGCUGUGGUUCAGACCACGAUGGUCUUCAAUUCCUCCUCUCCUGUUCCCAGUGAGAGUUUGGUCCUCAGUGUAAUCCAGACUCUUCUGAGUGCUCGACUCACAAACCUCACUGACUCUGUAAAAGUGCUGAACUUCACCUAUGAGAAAAUUUCAGACACUUGCUAUGCUGUAAAAUUCAGAUUCAAUGUCAGUAACAUCAGCAUGUCACAGAACCCUGAUAUCAGGAAUGAUACCUACAACACAGUGAUAAGCAUCAUCAACAAUGCUUCAAACACACUUCUAAAUGAACCUGGUGCAGAACCAUUCUCAGCUGUGGUUCAGACCACGAUGGUCUUCAAUUCCUCCUCUCCUGUUCCCAGUGAGAGUUUGGUCCUCAGUGUAAUCCAGACUCUUCUGAGUGCUCGACUCACAAACCUCACUGACUCUGUAAAAGUGCUGAACUUCACCUAUGAGAAAAUUUCAGACACUUGCUAUGCUGUAAAAUUCAGAUUCAAUGUCAGUAACAUCAGCAUGUCACAGAACCCUGAUAUCAGGAAUGAUACCUACAACACAGUGAUAAGCAUCAUCAACAAUGCUUCAAACACACUUCUAAAUGAACCUGGUGCAGAACCAUUCGUACCCCACAGCUCUUUAUGCACGAGUUCAGGAAAUCAGGUUAAUGGUGACAUGACAUACCACUUCCAAGAUGGAGACACUAAAACACCAGCAUCUUUCCUGAAUGAGCUUAAAUCAGCUGUGGUUCAGACCACGAUGGUCUUCAAUUCCUCCUCUCCUGUUCCCAGUGAGAGUUUGGUCCUCAGUGUAAUCCAGACUCUUCUGAGUGCUCGACUCACAAACCUCACUGACUCUGUAAAAGUGCUGAACUUCACCUAUGAGAAAAUUUCAGACACUUGCUAUGCUGUAAAAUUCAGAUUCAAUGUCAGUAACAUCAGCAUGUCACAGAACCCUGAUAUCAGGAAUGAUACCUACAACACAGUGAUAAGCAUCAUCAACAAUGCUUCAAACACACUUCUAAAUGAACCUGCUGCCAAACCGUUCGAACCCCAGAGCUCUCUCUUCACGAGUUCAGGAAACCAGGUUAAUAGUGACAUGACAUAUCACUUCCAAGAUGGAGACACUAAAAUACCAGCAUCUUUCCUGAAUGAGCUUAAAGCACAAAGCACACCUAUGUUGGGGAAUGUCCUGAUAUACAUUCGUCUAGUAUUUAAGAACUUGUCCAGAGUGCCCAGUGAGGCUGAUGUUCUCAGUGCUGCUAAUGCUUUUUUGGCCUCAAAUGUCAGAACAGUGCGACACAUCUUAGAACCGAAACUGAAUGAUCCUGUGAGCAUUCAGAAUAUAACCUAUCAGAAAAUUGACAACAACUCAUACAUCAUUAGCUUUGCAUUUGAAAUUACCAAUGUAACCAUCUACCAGGAUAUUCAGCUGAGAAAUGAGACAAAUAAUUUAAUCCAAAACACAAUCAACAGCUUGCUGAACAAUAUUUUGAGUGAUAAAAAUGCUACUCCUUUUGUCUUCCCACAAGCAAACUACACGUAUAAUGGUACAGAAAUUGAGGCUAAUUCAGUAUACGUCUUUGUGGAAGGUGACACCAAGUGGACACCAAGUGGAUUUCUAGAUGCAGUACUCAACAUUAGCGGUCUGUCGACCCUCACUACUCCUGCUGCUCAAACAGACCCCCCUGUCCACGUAGUCCUGAGGCCCACAGUCCAAGCACAGAACACCACCACUGGUGGAAAUUCUGCAUGGAUCCUGGGCAUCAUUAUCCCCUGCAGUAUAGUCAUUAUUCUCAUACCCUGCUGGAUUCUACUCUGUUGUCUGCUGUGUGGCUGCUGUGCUGGUUUAAGGAGGCGCUACAACAGAAGACAGUCCUACAAUACACACAACACAAUACACAAUGAAUACACAAGCAUCACGAGCCAUCAUUACAGAAGACUUUGCCGUCUACCGAUCCAGCAGCUACUCGCUACGGAGCUAUCCGCCCAAGCCCAGCAGAUCGCCGGCCAGUACCAGCAUUUAACUCGGCUUACCUCACUCACGAGAGAACUCAUUGCAGUGCUGCACAUGUUGCAAAGCAUCUCUGCGGCACCAAACCCAAUGCUGCCGCUGUCGUCACCUACAACCGCCUAUGCGAUCUCCUCGGCCGCUAACCCAUGGCUCGCCUUCCCGGACAAGUUCAACGGAGACCCGGAGAAGUGCAAGGGCUUCCUGAUGCAGUGUGUGCUCUUUGUCACACAACAACCCUCUCUCUACCCUAGCCGAAUAGCCUUGGUGUGCUCGCUCCUUACCGGGAGGGCUUUAGAGUGGGCCACUGCGGUAUGGAAGGAGGAUGGGACCGCGUUUCCUUCCUUCAGCCACUUCCUCAUCCAGAUGCACAGCAUGUUCAAGCACCCCGCUGGAGGAGAGAGUGCAGAGGAGCGAUUACUGAAUAUUUCCCAGGGAGAUCACACCGCGGCGGAUUAUGCCCUCACCUUUCGAACCCUUGCAGCUCAGGCAAGCUGGGAAGAGAGACCCCUCAAUCUCCCAUACCGCAAGGGACUGAACCGUGAGCUACAGACCGAACUCGCCUGUCAUGACGAGGGGAGGGACCUAUCUGCGUUCAUAGAACUGUCCAUCCAGAUAGACAACUUGAAGAGAGCCCAUCGAACGCCCACGCGAAGGCCACCGACUGAGAAUACAGAGCCCAUGCCACUCGGAUCCGCUCACCUCACAUCAGAGGAGAAAGCGAGACGCUUCCGUCGCCAACUCUGCCUGUACUGUGGUGAACCCGGACAUCUGCUGGCUACCUGUCCCACCAGACCACCCAACAAGCGAAACACUCUGCCCUCUAAGACAUGCCUCCAAAUUAACUCAGCGGUUACCACUCCUGUUGGUCCAGGUCUCCCUGCUGGAUAUCACGACCUCGCAGAAGCCUUCAGCAAGGUCAAAGCCACCGAGCUUCCACCACAUCGACCUGGGGACUGCUGUAUUGAGCUCCUGCCCAAUACCACUCCACCUAAGGCGAGGAUUUUCCCACUGUCACAACCUGAAUCCAAGGCUAUCAAUAAGUAUAUUGAGGAGGAGUUAAAGAAGGGCUUCAUCCGACAUUCUGUGUCUCCAGCAUCGUUGGGGUUCUUCUUUGUGAAAAAAAAGGACGGAGGGCUUCGACCAUGCAUUGACUAUCGCGCUUUGAAUGACAUCACCGUGAAGUUUCGCUACCCUCUCCCCCUUGUGCCAUCGGCCCUAGAACAACUUUGCAAAGCCAAGUACUUCACGAAGCUGGAUCUGUGCCAUAAGACCUCAACAUCAUCCUUGGGCUACGUCAUCUCCACCGAGGGGGUCGCCAUGGACGAUUCAAAGAUACAAGCGGUGGUGAACUGGCCGCAACCUCAAACCAUCAAGGAAUUGCAACGUUUCCUGGGUUUGCGAACUUUUACCGCCGCUUCAUCCGUGGGUUCAGCACUAUAG